UGCGCUCUGAGGGGACAAACAAGCUGGAUUGUGAAACUAUGGCUGCUACAGUUCUGCUAGUAAAUGUGCACAAUGAUUUUUAAGUAGAUUAACAGCCUUAUCGCAGCUAAUCUCGCGAGAUCUGUUUACUUUUUUCUUUUUUUUGCACCCAAAUAUCAGGGGGCAAACGCACAGAGAUAAUGGGUGAGGUUAGGGAUCGUUUGCGCCCUGGUGACUGUUCUUUUUGCAGAUCUGACAUAGUAUCCAAUCUAGGUUCAAAGUCCUCCCCCUGCUGACUCUAUCGGCUGCAGUCCAGCUUCAUGUUAGACGCGCAGCGCUGCUCCUCAAAAUGCUUUCUUUGUAGGAAAGAGUUAGAAAAAAGUUGUUGCGCGCUUCAUUCGUCUCUUCCCUUCAGCGGCGUCGCUAAUCUGAAUCCUCCAUCCGCUGAGACGCAUGAGUGGAGUCUCUGACGAGAGGCGAAGAUGGCCUUUCUGCGCUGCAGCGCGUCCGAGCGAGAAGAAACGGAGAAGUCUGCGAUGCUGAGCGACAGGGAGAACAUCGACGCUUACGCGUGUCCGACCCUGGAGCUCAGCCGAGCCGUGUCCGUGUCUCUGGGGUUAGACCCGCUGUCGUCUCCGCUCGGCGGGAUCAACCUCUGCCCCGGCAGCGCCUUCGCAGACCCCGCAGGAAACGGCUCCUCCGAAGGCGCGGAGGGGGGCAGGCUGAUCCGGGACGGCGGCAGCCUGGGAGUGGAUGAGUUUGGGGAGGUUUGCCACGGUUUGCGGCAGGUGAGCUGCGCGGACCAGUUCGGGGACAUGGAGAGCGCGCAGUCCGUGACGCGCGGAUCGGUGAUCUCCAGAUUUGUUUGCAAAGAUUCCAACAUGAUGAUGAGCUCCAUGUCGGAGGUUCCCACCAAUCCUCAAGUGGCUCCAGCCGGACCUUUAAAGCCAUACUCUGCCUACCCUGCCGAUGCGGACCUGUACAGGGAGACCCAGGGGGGCUGGUGCGCAACGGAGCGCGCGUACGGCGAGCAGCCCCAGCCUCACCGGGGCGCUUAUGACGGACCUGCUUUUCUGUGCAAAUACUGCGGUCAGACCUCUUUCGGACCCCGGCAGGAGUGCAGCUGUGUGUGGUACAGGAGGGUGGAUCGGGCCAGUAAAGCUGCUGCGCAAGUUUCUGCGGCUCAGGCGUUCGGCCAAGUGGAAAGUUACCCAGAAGUGAUUCCUCAAGGGCAAAACACUUUUUCCACUAUCAAGGCUGAGCCUUCCGUUUGGCUGCACUGCACCGACCGCGGGUUCAGGCACGAGGAUUUUUUCCCAGGCGUGUUCCUGUCAGACAGGAGAGUGUGUCAGGUGUGCGGCGACGACGCCUCGGGUUGUCACUACGGAGCGGUCACCUGUGGCAGCUGUAAAGUGUUCUUCAAGAGGGCCGCUGCAGGAAAGCAGAACCACCUGUGUGCCAGCAGGAACGACUGCACCAUCGAUAAACUGAGGAGGAAAAACUGCGCCUCGUGUCGACUUAAACGCUGCUUCAUGUCCGGAAUGAGCUUGAAAGGCCGUCGGCUGAAGGGAGCCGGACAGACGAGAGGUGGAGAAGAAGAGCAUCAGCCUCCUGCCUGGGGGCAUGGAGAAAGGGAAGGGAAGCACAACUUUGUCUUGGAGCCUGGGAGUGCUGCUGCCAGGGCUCAAGGGCCUCAGCUUUUAGGAAUCCCUCCAACUAUGCGCUCCUGCUUCUCUCUCCUCACCAUCCUACAGUCCAUCGAACCCACCGUAGUCAACGCGGGACACGACCCCGCCCAGCCAGACAGCUCCGCCUCCUUGCUCACCAGCCUCAACGAGCUUGGGGAAAGGCAGUUAGUGACUGUUGUACGCUGGGCCAAGGCAAUACCAG